UAUGAACUGAGAGAUGAUCGUCGUCGUGAGAUUGUACGAAGUUCAUCGCAUAUCGACGCUGUCAAAAGGGACAUCAUGCGCACGAUGAGUAGCACCAGAAGUUGUGCUGUUUUCAACGGCGGCUAUCGAGGUGCACGUGUUUCACUGGCCGAAGAAGAUAGCCGAUCUACCACUGACGAUGAUGAUAGGGAUGAUUCCGUCUCACUGCUGUUUACGCCACCGGCCAAUUCUACACUGCCAGAAAUCUUUCAGGAUAAACAGCCAUGUGAAAAUGACCGGAAACUACGUCGACGUCGAUGCUCGGAAGCAUGCGGUGGUAUCGGAUCUGCUGAGAGGGCGUUGCUCAUCGGAGGACGUCGAGGGUCCGAGAAGGCUCACUUGGCACUGCGCAAAACAGACACUGCAUUUAGCUAUCCAGUGAACGGGAUUAUGAUGAGUCCUCCACUUCCGAAGAAGAGUGUUCUGAAGUAUGUUGCGGAUACUCUCUACUCUUUGAGGGGGCUGAGAAUCCUUGCUUAG